UUGGUGGAAUGAAUGAUGUGCAACAGAAGUAAUAUAAUUAUUUUUUUCUUUUAAAGUAUAUUUUCAAAUAAUUUCCUUCAUAGAUUUUAUAAAAAUGGAAAGCAAGGAUGAAAUCAUGACAUUCUACGGCAGAUGCAAAUGUUGCCUCGAAUACGGCUACAUGAAAAACAUGUGGAAGGAACAAGUUUGGGAAGACGAAAGGGAAAUCUAUGGGGAAAUGUUAAUGGACACGUUUAAUAUUGUCUGGCAGUGUAACACUACUGAGGAAAGUAUUUGCGAAUCUUGCAUCGGGCGGCUGCGAGAUGCUUAUCACUUCAAGAAGGAGGUCAUCUCCUCUCAACAAAUGUUGGAUGAAGGCGUUGCUAAGGAUGAGCUGGCCAUGGAUUACAAGAAUGAUAUGAUGGAGUUAUAUUUAGAGGAAACAUCACAAAGGACUGAUGAUGUUGAACAAGGAGAAGAGGAAGAACCGGCUGAACUUAAAACAGAGUAUGAGAUUGAGUAUCUGGAGGAAGACGCGGACAUUGUAGAGAAGUCGGUGAAGCCACAACUGGACCAGGAUGUGGAUUCCGAUAGCGCAUCGGGCAAGCAACAAACAAACUACAGGAACUACACCCAGGCCGACUUGAAGAAGUGUUUGGACAUGAUCCAGCGGGGCAUGUCUCAGGCUGACGCGGCCAGGAUCUUCAACAUACCGAAGAAGACGCUCAAUGUUAAAAUAAGCAGUUUGAAGAAGAAAUCUGAAACUCCAGCCCGCGAGAAGACGCAAGAAUACCGCGAAAGAGCCGAGAAAUCGCUCAAACUCAUCGAGGAGACACAAACUAUUUUAGAAAUGACCAACACUGUGCCCUUUAAGGUGAAAGCUGCCAGACUCUACUGCGCGUAUUGCUACCUCAAGGGAGGCCACUUCGAAGACGCCGAUGAACUAAGAAGUCACACAUUCGAACACCACGAAACUGAGAGAAUAGUCGCUAUAGAUUCCAUACUAAGACCGUUUUGCCUUAAUGAAAUACUGAGGAUUGAUAUACAUAACCUGUCGUGCGCUGUCUGCAAGAUAAGGCUGCCCGGGUGGAAUGAAAUGUUUCAGCACAUGUACGACGAACACGGGAAACAGUUCGACCAAGCGUACACAAGGCUGAUUCCUUACGAAUUGAGUCACGACUUGCGUUGCGCGCUGUGCGACGAACGCCACACGAACAUCCACUAUUUAGAGUCGCACAUGAACGCGCAUUACAACAACCAAGUUUGUCCGGAGUGCGGGGACACGUUCGUGUCGGUGUCCAGACUAAAAAGACAUAUGGAGAUACACAGUACGGGGUCGUAUCCAUGUGAAUACUGCGAAAAAGUGUUCACGUUGAAGAAGUACAGAGUGAAACACAUAGCGAUGAUGCACAAGCUAGCGAAGACUUUGAAAUGUUUUUAUUGCACCGAGCGUUUCUUUACAGAACACUUGAAGAAUUUACAUAUACGGAAGUGUCAUAAGGAUAAGAUUAAGAUAAUAACUUGUGAGAUUUGCGGCAAGAUGUUUGACUGGCGACCGAAUUACUUGAGUCAUUUGAAGAAGGCGCACACGAAAGUGCAGCGGUAUCAGUGUAAGUUCUGCUUGAAGUAGUUCACGGCGAAGCAUGACUAUAAGUUGCACGAACAGAGGCACCUGGGCACCGGGAAGUAUGUGUGUGUGUUGUGUAACAAGAACUUUGUGACCGGACAAGAGCUGAGGAGCCAUCAGAAGGUCCAUUCUAAGGAGAGGAAGUAGAAAUAGUUGUCUCGCUUUGUUCAAAGCAUUUGUAUACUCUGGUUUAUUCUAUAGUUCCAAGUGAGAAGUGCAACUGAGAGCGUAGAAGUGCAAUGAAGCAACUUUUUAUAGCUAAUAUUCUGAUUCUGGUUGUAAAAUAUAGCUCUCAAGUAGCUCCUUACUUGGUGAUGGGAGAAAAAGAGACGAUAAUACUAUUUGGUAGUGCGUACUUUAUGUAAAUACGUGCUGAUUAUUUUACAAGUAUCACUGACUUAACAAUUGUUUUCGUUGUAAUUUGAUAAAUAAAUUUACAAGUGGAGAAGAGACUUUUUUUUAAACUACCUACACCAAUAAAUUUAGAUUUUUUGGCGAAAAUCCAAACGUUGUGAUUGUGCUUUUCAAAAAUUGAGCUUUAUCAACUAGGGGUUGGAAAUGUGGAUUAUUGAGCUCUGGUUUUCGUCAGCAGCUCUGCCAGCAGGCAAGAGAGCACUCUUCCUCCUGGCUUAAGUAUCGGUUUAACUCAAAUGCCUUAUUUUCCGUUCACGUAGGAAUGACCAAAAAGGUAAUCUAUUUAUUUUAUCAGUCUUCUUCUUGCAGCGUCAUCUUCAAUAAUGAAGGUCGAGAAUCAUCAAUACUAUCUGUACUUUGGGGUAGUUUGGGAGACAGCUCCUCGGAAUAGAGACCGUGUGCUCUUUUUGUCCAAUGGUGUAGGUUUCUAAGCCAUCAUAGUCGUCGUCAUCUAAGCUAUUUUCUGCCCUGGAUUUUACCUUGUAAAAUAAUUGUCAGUCAGUCACUCAGUAACGGAAGAGCUUUUUUAUAUAUAGAGGUGAUAAAAUACGCCCCUGUGGUACUCCACUCAAUAUUUCAACAUUGGAAGACAGCCGACGUUCAUAUCUCACAUUUGUUACCUGUUACCUAAACAGAUUCUGUAUUCUGUUGAAUGUCCUUAUCAUCGACGUUAACCGCAUGCAGGAACUCAAACAGUUUGUCAUAUAGUACUCUAUCAAAGGCCUUCUCUUAAUCUAUGAAACAGACAUGUACGUCGCAAUUUAUAUCCAGGCAUCAAUGUAGUAUGUCCACUAUAUAAAAGUUUGCAAUGUCGGAAAGGGCUAAUAUGAAAAUCUGUUAUAUAAGUUAAAGACCUUGUUGUACUCAUAUAAUGGGAAUAAAAUUUAAAUUCGCUCUUUUAGCAUUAGAAAUGUAAAUAAGGCGUCACUGGUUCUUAGGACUCGAUCUAAAGCCAAACUGACUACGCGAAUCUUCGCAUUUUUUAUAAAGACGCCCAAGACAAGAAGACCUUCAACACGUUACUCAUAGUGACCUGGGAGCACGGCAGUGCCCCGGCCAAGUCGAGACAAGUGAAACGCAAAGGCUUACCUUUUCUCGAAAGAUUUCGCCUUUUUUUUAACCAUCCUCUUUGGUUACAUGAAGCUAAAUAGUUAAAAAUUUUAUGAUGAAUGCCAUCAGUAAAAUCAUUAAAUAUGCAAAGUUUGAAUAUUUACUUCAGAUUUUAUUAGGGUCUAAAAUAGCAAAUUUCUUCACUGACUCACUGAUGAUCAUCAACAUUCUAGGGUCUUCCUGAAGUUCUAGAAAACUGAAAUUUAGUAUGUAAGCUAAUAUUGCUACAGAAAUAACAGACAAAUUAUAAAACCUGACUUUGCCUAAGUUAUCCUCUGGGAAUAGGAGGUGGAAGUUUCUAUGCAUAUAUUACUCUUCACGUGCAGAUUGCAAAAGUCAAUUAAUGGAAAGGCCUUCCAUUAACAUAGGAUUCUUCUUUAAGGCGAUGGUAAGAAAUAUUCGCAUUCGUAUGCGUAAUUAGGUUACAGAUUCCAGAUCCAAUUUAUUAUACGUGUUUCUUUCCUAUUUAUUCAACUAACAAAAUUAACCAAAAUUAUUUUAUGAAAAAUGCUACCAAAUCGAGUGAAAAAGUUGUCAGAUCUCUCGAAACGCACGCAUCACAUAACGCAUAAAUCUUGGCCCUUUAUUAGAUUUGACAUCUUUUUCACCGGGUAUAAGACUCGUCUUGGUACCAUGAAUGAUUCUAGUGGCAUAGAUUUUACUCAUUGAUUAACAUUUCAUAUAUAUAGC